AUAUAUAAGAGAGGGGAUAGAUGGAGUUGAGGUCAUUCCUUCAUUCAUUCACCACCCACCAGUCCACACCCAAAAAACAAGUCUACUGAACUCUGAUUCAUUUCGAUUGGAAUAGAGAGAUGGAAGGAGGACGCAGAGAGAUGAUGAAUCUGAAUAUGAGUAGGCGGGGAUCGGAGUAUGGUCGGCCGAUCCCGAAAAGAGGGCAGGUGAAGGCGGCGAUUGUGUCCGGCUUGGCUCACUCCUUGUCUUCUAUCUUUUCUUUGAAUUCUCGAUCUCACUCCUGAUUCUCCACAUCACCAAAUUUUGCCCUUUUUUUUGGAUUUUUCCUUGUGUUUUACAGUUUUUGCCUUAAUCAAGAUUUUGUAUUUUGACAUCGUCUGUAUUCAAAUUUUGAUGUUAAUUAGGAUAAGUAGUAUACAAUUUAAAUUUAAAUUUAAUAUGUGAGCUGAACUACUCCCUCCAUUCAAGUCACAUAUUUUCUAUUUUUGGAUACACCCAUUUCCUAAUUAAAAUGAUAAUCAUUAUCUCUACUCUAUUCUCUCUUUAAUCAAUUUACAAAAUAAAACUCCUUAAUUUUGGGUGGUGCUCAAAAGGAAAUGGUCCAUUUAGAGAGCAGACAGAUGCGUAUUUUGUUAGAAGAGAAGGAAUAGAAGAAGUUACAGUUACUCGAAGCAUAGAUAUAUGUUAGCUGGGGGAGAAUAUCUUACAGACUUAAAUUGGGCUUCAUGCAUCUUUUGUAAGCCCGUUAUAUCCUUUUUUUUAAACCCCAAAAUUAUUCUCAAGGCUAUUAGUCCAUUAUUGGAGUUUGUGACAUUUGAUACUAUUAAUCAGUAAAAUUCACUAAUUAAUUAACAUAAUAAUUAAAUAAAGUAGUUGACGUUAUACUUCAAAUAAAAUUUUAAUUGAUAUUAUAAUAAUAAUAUAAGAAGAUGAUCCAUGAUUAAGAUUUGCUUAAUCUAGAACAUAAUAACAACAACAAUAAUAAUAAGAAUUCACAAUUUUAAUACUGUAGUUGUAUUCAAAUUACCUUAAUAAGUUAAUAAUUGAUAGAAUAACAAUAACAAUAAUAAAUACCAUAAACAAUAAAAUUAUUACUAUUACAUCGAUAAGUAUUUAACUAUUUAUUGUUAUCAUUAUAAUAACAUAUAAUCCAUAAUUUUAAAUUACAUUAAGAUAUAAAUACUCCAAAACAUGAUAGUAAUAAUAAAGAUGACGACGGCGACAACAACAAAACUAACAAUAUCAAUAUUAAUUUUUAUUUUUAUUUUAUCAUAAUGUCAGAUUAUUUCACCAGUGAGAUUAUUUCAUGGCAAUAUUAUAACUCAAACUCAUAUUUUGAUAAUAUGUUUGUAGUUUUGAUGCCAAAUCAAUAAUUAUAAAUCUAAAUCAGUCUGACACAUUCUUUGUAAAAUGAAAAACAAAGGGAUUAGAAAUUUAGAAUAGUAUACUAAUGUAUAUAGAGGUAAUAGUACAAAAUGUACAAUACAGAAUCAAUGAGAGUGGAAAUCAUGUGUUCAUAUAUUAGCUACUGACUUAAUUUUAUAACCUCUAAAUGUUUGACUUAAAAAUAUCUCUAUUUCACUUGGUGUGCCCUUUCGCUCUAAUUUUAUACAGUAAGUUAACUCAAAUUGAGUAAGUUUAUUAGAAUACUGAAAAUCAACCAACAUUUAAUUUUCAAAAUCUAAAAUAAUUAUCUCAAAUAUUGGCAAUUAAUAUAAUUAGCAUAUGCAAUGCACGGUGUAGCGCGCACAGAAUUGAAAGUUGAAUGAAAUAACCCAAAUCCUCCUGGAUAUUCGAUUGGAUUUUGGAUUCCACCAUUUCUAUCGCGAAAACGUGCCCACAUUUAUUCAAAAAAAAUGUAAAUGAAUCAAAAUACAAUCCCCUUUAACGAAACAAUAAGAAUUAAGAAAUAUUUUCCCGGAAAAUCAAACAACGCCAAGAGGUGUGGAGAGAGUCCGAAGCAGCAAUGGGGCACCAAUGGAAACACAAUGGAGAAGAAGAAGAAAAAGAAGAAGGAGUAAUGGCUUCUGACUUUUUCUGGUCUUACACAGACGAGCCUCAUGCCUCCCGCAGAAAACUCAUCCUUUCCCAAUACCCUCAAAUCAGACAUCUUUUUGGCCCUGACCCCUUUGCUUCUCUCCAGAUUGCUGCGGUUGUAUUGAUUCAGAUAUGGACUGCAGCUUUCCUGAGCAAUGCAUCAUGGUUGAGGAUACUAAUUGUAGCCUACUUCUUUGGCUCCUUUCUCAACAACAAUCUCUUCUUGGCCAUCCAUGAGCUCAGCCACAACUUAGCCUUCUCCACUCCAGUUUACAACCGGUGGCUUGGCAUAUUUGCUAACCUCCCCAUUGGGGUGCCAAUGUCUGUCACCUUCCAAAAGUAUCACCUCGAGCACCAUCGCUAUCAAGGCGUGGACGGGGUUGACAUGGACAUCCCCAGUAGGGCCGAGGCCUUUCUUGUUAGAAACGCCUUCACCAAAUCAAUUUGGGUGAUAAUGCAGCUAUUCUUUUACGCUCUCCGCCCUCUGUUUCUCAAACCAAAGCCUCCGGGGCUGUGGGAGUUUGUCAACUUGAUUGUGCAGGCAGGGCUUGAUGUUGGUAUGGUGUAUCUGUGGGGGUGGAAGGCAUUGGGUUAUUUGAUGCUCUCUACAUUUGUUGGAGGUGGGAUGCACCCUAUGGCUGGCCACUUCAUCUCUGAACACUAUGUUUUCAACCCGAGUCAAGAGACCUAUUCGUAUUAUGGCCCUUUGAAUCUGAUGACAUGGAACGUGGGGUACCAUAACGAGCACCAUGACUUCCCAAGGAUUCCCGGGAACAAGCUGCACAAGUUGAAGGAGAUUGCACCCGAGUAUUAUGAGAGCUUGGAUUCGUAUAUGUCUUGGAGUCAGGUGAUCUACAUGUACAUUAUGGAUAGGACGGUUGGGCCUUUUAGCCGGAUGAAGAGAAGCCUGUCAGUGAAGAGUAACAGCAAAGCUGAAUAGGUUUAGGUCUGAGUUUGAGUGUUUUUUGAAACAGUGCUGAUGCUUGAUGGUAAAGUAGAGAUGGCAGUUUCUGUUUUAGCUCUCAUUCUUUUGGAGGAUUAGUGUUUUAGAUGGUGAUGAGGUGGCUUCAUUUUCUGGAAAAGAGAAUUCUUUGUUUAGCUUUCUUGUCAUUUUUGUUUAGACAGAAUGAAUGUGAUGAGAAUACAUAAUUAAACACUGCAUUUUUUCA